UUAGAAAAAGAAGUUUGAGUUGUGUUUUGUUUUUCUCGUGUUACAAAAGCUUCUGUUUGUUGUUUGAGCUCAUUGGAUCUUCAUGUUGGUGUUCAAGCUGUCAAUCAUCUUCUGACCCCGCCCACAUCCCCUUCUACUAUGAGCAGCAGUUUUGAGAAAGAGGGCGGGGUUGUUGCAUGGCCUCCCUCAUUAUAUGACCACACCCCUCAAAGCAUCCCCCCUCUGGCUCCUCCCCUUCCCCCUCCCCUUCCUGUGAGAAACCCUGAGGAGAGGAAGAGGAGGGUGAGGAGCUUCUUCUGGAAACCGAUUCCUGAAGAUCGUGUCAAGCAGCAGAACAGGCCGAACCUGUGGAGCAGCAGAGAUCCAUUCCACAUCGACAUCAGAGCCAUCGAGGAGCUGUUCGGACACGAGGACACACCCUCGUUCACAACAACCUGCUGCACGAUUGGACGAAGACACACUUCUGUGAAAGAUCUCAGGCCGCAGAUCACCAUCCUGGACUCCAAGAGAAGCUUGAAUAUCUGCAUUUUUCUGAAACACUUCAAAAAGUCCAGUGAGAGUCUUCUGGAUGAUAUUCUUCAUGGAAACACAGGCGUCUUCAGCGUGGAGUCUCUCAGAGAGCUGCUGAAGCUCCUGCCGGAGGACGAGGAGGUGAAGAAUCUUCAGAUAUUCAAUGGCAAUCCUAAAGACCUGGCGCCGCCUGAUGCUUUCAUACACAAGCUCAUCCAUUUACCCAGGUAUGAGGUCCGUCUCGAGGCUCUGCUGUUAAAGGAAGAGUUUUUCCCUUCAUACACCGUCAUGAAACAUGACAUGACCAUCAUCCUGAGCACCAUUAAAGAGCUGUUGAGCUGCGAGGAGCUUCACGAUGUCCUUCAUUUAGUGCUGCAGGCUGGAAACAUCAUGAAUGCUGGUGGAUCUGCUGGUAACGCCGUGGGCUUCAAACUCUCGUCUCUGCUGUCAUUGGCUGAUACGAAAGCCAACAAGCCUGGAAUCAACCUUCUGCACUUUGUUGCUCUGGAAGCUCAGAAGAAAGAUCUAAUUAUGUUUCCAGAGAAACUUCAGCAUGUUCAGCAAGCAGUGCGAGUGUGUGUUAACAGCAUAAAUGAUGAGUUUCACACUCUGACCAGAAGAGUUCAUCAGUUACAGCAAACCAUCCACUCAGAUGAUGAGCUCCUGACGCAGCUGCAGUCCUUCCUACAGAGUGCCGCUGCAGCUCUGGAGGAUCUGAGGAUCAGUAUUGAUGAGGUUCAGAGGGAAGGAGACGCUCUGAUCGAUUUCUUCUGUGAGGACAGAGGCGUCUUCAAACUGGACGAGUGCUUCCGAAUUUUCCAGAAUUUCUGCUCCAAAUUCAAAAAAGCAGUUCAGGAGAACGCGGAGCGAGGAAUGUGGGAGGAGUCUCGGCGCAAGCGUCUGAAGGAGUCGGAGGACAAGCGGCACUCGUGGGCGGGGCAUGGGGAUAUGGGCGGAGUCUCCAUCUUGCGGUCCAAUAGUGAAGCAGAUGUGGCGGCGGUGUUAAAGAGGGAGGGGCUUCUGGAGCUGCUAAAGACGAGCAGUCACAGUCCACGUCGCUCACCGCAACAGAAUAGCGUGACCUUUGACCCCUGUGGAUCGGAUACACUCGUAUUUCCUCCAAUACACUCGCUCUCCACCACAAACAUGACAGAGGAGCCAGAGAUCCCAAAUAAGACUCUUUCCGUACAAGAAUCGCAGAACAAUGACCUUCAAACACAGGAAAAUACAGGAAAAACAUUGGGAACUACAGAACUGACUCCAGAUGUGACCUUUGACCCCUUUGGAUCGGAUACAAUUGUACUUCCUCCAGUACUCUCACUCUUCAUCACAAACACGACAGAGGAGCUAGAGAUCCAAAAUAAGACUCUUUCCAUGCUAGAAUUGCAUAACAACGACCUUCAAACACAAAGCCAGGAAAUAUCGGGAAAUACAGAACUGACUCCAGAUGUGACCUUUGACCCCUGUGGAUCGCAUACACUUGUACUUCCUCCAAUACACUCGCUCUCCAUCUCAAACAUGACAGAGGAGCUAGAGAUCCAAAAUAAGACUCUUUCCAUGCAGGAAUCGCAGAACAACGACCUUCAAACACAAAGCCAGGAAACAUCGGGAAAUACAGAACUGACUCCAGAUGUGACUUUUGACCCCUGUGGAUCGGAUACACUUGUACUUCCUCCAAUACACUCGCUCUCCAUCUCAAACACGACAGAGGAGCUAGAGAUCCAUAAUAAGACUCUUUCCACGCAGGAAUCGCAGAACAACAAUCUUCAAACUCAGGAAAUUACAGGAAAUACAUUGGGAAAUACAGAGCUGACUCCAGAUGUGACUUUUGACCCCUGUGGAUCGGAUACACUUGUACUUCCUCCAAUACACCCGCUCUCCAUCUCAAACACGACAGAGGAGCCAGGGAUCCAAAAUAAGACUCUUUCCAUACAGGAAUCGCAGAACAACAUUCUUCAAACUCAGGAAAAUACAGGAAAUACAUUGGGAAAUACAGAGCUGACUCCAGAUGUGACCUUUGACCCCUGUGGAUCGGAUACACUUGUACUUUCUCCAAUACACUCACUCUCCAUCUCAAACAUGACAGAGGAGCCAGAGAUCCAAAAUAAGACUCUUUCCAUUCAGGAAUCGCAAAACAACGAUCUUCAAACACAGGAAAAUACAGGAACUACAUUGGGAAAUACAGAGCUGACUCCAGAUGUGACCUUUGACCCCUGUGGAUCGGAUACACUUGUACUUCCUCCAAUACACUCACUCUCCAUCUCAAACACGACAGAGGAGAUAGAGAUCCAAAAUAAGACUCUUUCCAUACAGGAAUCGCAGAACAACGACCUUCAAACGGAAAGCCAGGAAACAUCGGGAAAUACAGAACUGACUCCAAGCGUGACCUCUGACCCUUCACGAAUCAGUUUAGUGGUAGAAUCAGAGGUUGUUAAUGACGAAUCAGAGAGAAAAACUAAAGAUAUUGUCCAACCUACAAAAGAGUCGCUCAAAACCAGCACUGGAGCGAAACAAACAAUCAGCAAACGAACCUUCAUCUCUAAAAAUAGAGCAUCUCUUUCUGAGAAAUCACCGUCAUCUUCCAUUAAACCAUCGACAUCAUCUCCUAAAUGUGUGUCCGCCUCUGAAACCGCGAGUGUGAGGAAGCUCAUUCCUCUCCGGCAGCCCCGUAGUUCUUCUGCACAAAUUCAGGAGCGAACCAAUCGAAGCGUCCUCAGCCGCGCAAAGACGACGCAAGCGUUUCGUCCGGAGGAGAAGAUGUGUCGCGUUACACUCCGCAGCCUCGACUGUCCCAGUCCUCAAACCUCAGCGUGCAAUUCCACGGUCAAACCGCCCAGCUUCGCUCGCAACACCGUGGCGUCAACGACACGCCACGCCACCACUCCUGGAAACCAGGCUAAAGCGCCUGCACUGACCCGCGCGGCUUCACUAAGGCUCUCUCAGGUCCUCAAACCGAUGCAGAUGUCUGCAGAAAAGUUUCGCAUGUCACCCCCUGCUGGAUGCCUGAGGAAGAGCAGCAGCACCGCCCCUGAAAGUUCAAUGUUUACUUGCGGGUCUCGUGAUAAAAAUGUCAAGCCCACAUGGAAGUAGAGAGAAAGCUAUGAAUCAGAUCAGAAUCAGAAUGAGUUUUUAUUGCCAGGGAAUGAUGUCACAGCAGAG